AUAAUAGUGCCAUAAAUUGUUUUUAUUUUUUAUGUUUAUUUACUUAUUGCUUUGCUGCUCAUUGUUGUUGUUAUUUGUCGUUGUCACUCGUUCAGUCAGUCUACAUAUGUAUACUGAUAUCUCGACAUUUUAGUAAAUUAACAUCCAACUCAAUUGAAGACAAGUUCUGUUCAAAUCAAAACUAAAACCAGAAAAAAUAAAUAAAAUUUUAAUUGUGUGCCAAGCAGUGGAGCAGGCAACACACAUGUUAAAAUUAUACAGUCACCUAAUCUUAAUUUGAUAAAGUUUUUUUUUGUUUGUUUCGUUAACAUUUAUAAUAAGUAAAAUUGUAAAGUGUUUUGUUUAAAGUAUAAACAAAUAAAUAACUUAACGUAAAAUAUAACAAGAAAAAACUUUCCAUUAUGUCGAAAAUUUUUAAUGUUGUGGGUACACUAUUCAAGAAACACCCCUUCCUAACCAACAGUGCAGUGUAUGGCAGUUUGUAUGUGGGAGCAGAAUUUUCUCAACAAUAUUUAACCAAAAGAGUGCUGGUUGACAAAGAAUCUGUUAAACAGGACAUCGAUUAUGCCACAGUGGGUCGUUAUGCGGUCAUGGGAACAGUUGUUUAUGCUCCUACUUUAUACAUAUGGUACAAAUGGUUGGAUCGUACUUUUCCCGGUACCGCCAAAAAGGUUAUAUUAAAAAAAUUGUUCAUAGAUCAAUUUGUUUUAACACCCUAUUUAUUAACCUUGUUUUACACUGGCAUGUCUUGGAUGGAGGGUCGUGAGGAUAUUACUUUGGAAUUAAAACAAAAAUUCUUGCCUACCUUUGAAAGAUCCUGCAUGUUUUGGCUGCCAGCACAAGUUUUCAAUUUUGUCUUGAUUCCUCCCAAAUUUCGGGUUAUCUAUAUGGGUGUCUGUGGUUUUGUUUGGGUGAAUAUUUUAUGCUGGAUUAAGAGACAACAAACUGAAACUAAAGAAGAAGAACUACCCGCCUUGACAGCAAAUUGAGGAAGUGAAGAAAAUUGAGGAAAUAGCUAAUUAAUGCCUUUUAACGUGAACAAAUUGAUAUUAUAAAUGCAUUCCAAAUAUACUAUGUAACAGAAUUUAGUUAGUAAUUUAAAGUUUCUAGUUAAUAAGUGCAAAAGCUUUGUCGUUUUUGUUGUUGUUUUUCCUGAGAGGGAAAAUAAAGCAGAUUUUUUUCUAAGAAAAAUUUACAAAACAAA